GCGCAUGCGCAUGCGCAGGUGGGCGGAUGUAAUGGUAGUAUUCGGUGACGUCACUAUUCUGAGAGGCGCUACGCUUGAUCACAGCCUUAGAGAGAUAUGAAGACAAACUAAGGAGAAGCUGAGAGUGGUUUUAAAGAUGCAUGUACAAUGAGCCAAACCUUUUUUUCAGGCCUUUCUUGUCGUUUAAACAGCUCUUUGGGAUUGUGGGCUGUGUUAUGAAAAGCGGGGCUGUUCGGCGUAUUCUUUCGGCUUCUACAGAAAGUGUUCUUUUAGGGCGUGCAACAUCAUUUGUUUAUAUGUUUUUUCCCGACUGUUACCUAUUUUUAAGGACUGGGAAGAAGGCUUAUUUUCUGUAUUCUACAAUUCAGCCCUUGAUCUCAGAUAAGAGAUGUCUCUACUGGAAAAGGAAGGCCAUACUGAGCUGAGCAGCACUGUUGCUGACCUCCGUUACAGAUUGAACAGUGCUAAGAAAGAAAUUGUUGAACUUGUUGCAAAACAUAACGAAGAGCUUUGCAGCUAUGAAAAUCAGUUUGCCAAGCUCCGUUCACAGGUUGAGAAAGGAGAGGCAGUUCGGCAAAACUUGGAAUAUGAGUUGGCUGUGGCAAAAAAGCAAUACAGAGUCGCCAAAAUUGCUGGGGAAGAAGAAAAGGCAAAUUCUGAUCGACUUCAAGCUCAGUUCAAAGUCCAGAUAGAUGAACUGCAACAAAAGAUGUUCAGUGUGGAGAAUGUUUUUCAAGCUGCGCAGCUUGGUUGGCAAGAAAGACAAAAAAUGUUUGAAAGUGACUUGCGAAAUCGCGAUAACAUUAUUCAGAACUACAUGAAAGAACAAGAAUCCCUUGUAUUGGAAAAGAACAACCUUACAUACCUUCUCCAGAAAGAAAAGCUGAAUGUACAAGAGAUGCAGCAAACACUGUUGCAGAUGGAGACUGAACAUUCUAGGAACCUGGAAACUUUGAAGGAGCAGAAAAAUGAGCUCAGUUAUAGUCGUGAAAAGGAAGAAAGGCUGCAGGGGGAGCUUAAAGAAGCAAAACAAAGAAUAAAGGACUUGGAAGAAAACGUGGAGGCUGAAAGAGCCACACAUCUGGAGUCUAAGUUUAAUUCUGAAGUCAUCCAGUUGCGGAUGUAUGAUCUUGAAAGGGCUUUAGAGGUGGAAAAGGCCACUCUGGCACAAACUCUUUCUGAGUUGGAUAUGAUGAGGAAGCAGUUCUGUGAAGUGGAAGCAGCUUAUUAUUCAGAAAAAAACAGCGCAGAACAGUUGACUGAAAAGCUCAAAAAGUCAGAACAAGAUUUUUGUAUGUUGGUUAAUCAGCUGAAAUCAGAUAUUGAGCAAAAAAACAACUUAAUUGCAGAACUCACUGGAAAGCAAAAAAGUAUAGAAGGCAGUUGUAUCACGAUGGAGGAGGAUCUUGCUAUUACCAAGAAACAACUUUAUUCUCUGGAGGAAGCUCACAAAGACAACCUGGGACAAUUGCAGUCAGUUGUGGACAACUUCAUUCCAUCCCAUCAUGAGGCCUGCAACGAGACAGUUAAACCUGCAGGCUUUUCUGUGCUCCUUGAGACUUUGAAGCAUAUUUUGACAGAUAAUAAGAACAGGUUCAAAGACUUGUCCAAUAAGCUUGAAGCAGGCAGUUAUGCCUAUACUAGGAUAACUGAAGAAAUGAAAUCUGCAAAGGCAAUGAUACAAACACUGUGUCACAACCUUGAGAAAACACAAGCUGACCUGGAAGCUGCCGAAAGAGAGUCACACAUUCUGCACACAAGAUGCACAGAUCAAGAAUGUCAAAUAGCUGUUUUGCAGAUGGAUUUGGAGAAAGCACAAAACGGAUGGGAGAAAGCGAAACUGAGGGUUUUAGAAUGUGACCAUGAAAGACAAAAUCUUGCCAAGGCUUAUCAGAAGGAUAUAGAGGAAAAGUUGACAUUCCUCCACAACUUGUACCAGCGUUUGGUUGCAGGCUGUGUCCUUAUAAAAAAGUCUCAGAGCUUGUUGGAAAAAUUUUCCUGGGUGGAGCUUUGCACUGUCCUGGAGGAGAAUGUUGAUUUCCUGAUAUCAGACCUAAACCAAGCCAAUGAAAAGGUUGCCAGUCUGGAGGGUCUUUGUAAGACCAAGUCUGAGGUUAUAAAGGACCUGCAGAAGAGCCAUGAAGAAUCACUCAAGAAGCUGACUGAAGAGAUGAAAACACAGGAAAUGUCUUGGCUUAAACAGAGGAGAGAUAUGGAAGAGCGUUUUGUAAAGCUCAUUCAGGAGACACAAGCAAAGGCACGGAAAUUUCAGAGUAUUGCAGUAAAGUCCAAGGACAAAAUUGCUGUAUUUGAAAAAACAAAAGAUCAAGUGGCUCUUGAAAAUGUUCACAUAAAAAAUCUUCUGAUUACUAAUGAAAAGGACCACAAAUCUCUUCUUGCUGCCUGUGCACUGCUGGCUGGUGCUUUAUAUCCUCUGUACAGCAGGACCUGUUUGUUGGCAUCCCAAAGACACCUUCUUCAGCAUCAGACCACAAUUUCUGUAGAAGUCAGAAAUGAAAUCUGGACACUGAUCCAAAUUUUAUCUGAGACCAAAGAAAAAAUUCAGAGUAAUACCAAGACGCAAUGCCAAGGCAUCCUACUCUUUCGCAGAGCUGUGAUUGUAGUCCUGACUGUGAACAGGCUUCAUCGCCUUGGCAGAUCCUGCAGUUCUCUCUUUACUUGGACAGAUAAUGCUUGGAAGGGUACUGGAAUCAUGGUUUGUACAGGAGGAACACAGGUCAUGGACAGACCAACAAGCAAGCAAGAUGAGCAGAUGCGCUGUCAGGAGGCUGUGAAUUGGUUCACCAGUUCUGAUCUUCUUACUGCUGUAGUUGCUUCAGUGUCUGAGUUGCUUGAAGUUUUAAAUAAAAUAGAUCCAAGUGUACCAUCUCAGGUUAGCCUAAUUCAAAAUGCUGCAAGAAAUUCAUUUUCAAAGCUAAUGAAGAAAAUUGCUAUUCAAAUGGAAAGUACAGCAGUUCCUAGUGAUAGUGGUGCAUCAUCUGGGGAUGCAGAUUCCCUUUUCCACAGACUAGCACUGGGGCUUCAGAGAAUCCAUUCCAAAGCCAGAGGGAUUCAAGAGACAAAUUCCAGUCCAGUUAUGAAAUCUACAGAAAUUUUGAAGAGCCAAAUAAAUGAGUUCAUACAGCGAUUACAUAAAGCGGAGGUGGAACGCCGUUCAAUGCGUUUAGAACUGGCACAGUUAAAGCAAAAAAUCUUCAUGCUUGAAACAAAUACUGAUAGCGCAGAGAGACUUAAUAGUCAAAACAGGAAGAGCAAACAAACUAAAGCAGUUUCUUAUGAGAAGUUUAAGAAAAUGUGCGAUGAGCUGAAAAAUGCAUUAUUACGGGAGCAGCAAGCACAACUCCUGCUACAUGAGCAAUCUCAGCAGCUGCAGGAGCUAAGUUACAGAAUAGAAUUGCAUUCCGCAGAAGAGGCAGAGAAGGAUCAGACUUUAACAGAAGCUGUCAAGAGUCUCUCUGAGGCUAAGUUAGAACUAGAGAGAAAAGGGCAAUGUUUACACCAACUGAACAGACAACUGGAAAGAAUGGAGCAGGACAAACUUCGGCUUCAAGAGGGCAUUCGUGAUGCUGAAAAUGCCCUGUGGAUGAUAGCCAAAGAUAGAGAAAUUCUGGUGAAGCACAUGAAAUCAGUUGACUCUGUCUUUGAAAAGGUCAGAGAUCAGAUGUCAUUGGGGUGCUCUUCAAGGAAUGAUAUCAUUCUUCAGCUUCCCAAACUGCACCUAGAGAUGCUACCUCUUCUGGAACACUCAGGCCGGCCAGAGUUCUUCGCAUGCCAGAAAAUGAUUAAGAGUUUCAUGCAAGUAUAUGAUUUUGCAUGUACCAAAUUAACUACCCUUGAAAGAGAAAUAGAAUGCCACCAGAAUCACAUUGCAGAACUUAAAUCUGAACUGAAAACUGCCUGCUUGCGUGAAAAUGAAAACUUUCCUCUGACAAGGUACAAUGAUAACAUCAAGGAAGUAACAAAGGCAGAGUAUCUGUCAGACAAAACUAAUGGCCAAGAUUUCCUGCCUCUUCAGGCCGAACCGGAGAUGUCACAUAGUCAAGUAAAGAACGGUUUAGAAAGCAGCAGUUUUCACCUUCUACCAACUGAAGCUUCCUCUGUUGUGUAUUACUCUUCACUCCCUCAACGGAGGCUUCCAACUACAUCUUAGUAUUUGUAUACAUACUGUAAUUUGUAAAUGUGUUAAACCAAUGAAAAUGGAAACUGUUAAUCAUUUUUUAUACAAAACAAUGUAUUUAUUGAAUAGUUUAUGCAUAUUUUGUCCAAUGUAACAUUUAAUGAUUUUAUAUAAAAAAAAAAAUCUAAUGGCAAUUUUACUUUUCGAGCAUUGUUUUAAUAUACUGAUAACAUUCUAAGUACUAAGUAUUUUUAACCAGCAGCUAAAGGCAACUACUUUCACUGACAACUUUGAGCAUGUAUGUAACUGCUACUUGUCCUGCAAAGUAGUAGUGAUGCCUGGGCAGUGUGAAGCUAGGCUGAUCCUAGUAACCACAUACUAUAUACCAACUUUACUGGUUGUCCAUCAGAUUAUUAAAGUUGACAGUAAGGUCAUGUAAGCAGGG